CUUUGGAGUUUGAUACGAUGAUUAGAAUAUAACCAAAGGGGCAGGCGGAAUCCGCCAUAAUCAAGGAACCUUUUUCCGGGUGGGGAACCUCCGAAAUUACUCAGUGAGCAACCCUAAUUAACCUGAUUUUUUGCUGAUAAUCACUCUCAAUGGAAUCAAAUCACAAAUCCGGGGAUGGAUUGAGCGGCACCCAGAAGGAAGCGGCCCUCCGCGCACUGGUCCAGCGCACAGGAUAUAGCUUGGUCCAGGAAAAUGGACAAAGAAAGUACGGUGGUCCUCCACCAGGCUGGGAUGCUGCACCCCCAGAAAGGGGCUGUGAGAUUUUUAUUGGAAAACUUCCCCGGGACCUUUUUGAGGAUGAACUCAUACCAUUGUGUGAAAAAAUUGGUAAAAUUUAUGAAAUGAGAAUGAUGAUGGAUUUUAAUGGCAACAACAGAGGCUAUGCGUUUGUAACAUUCUCAAAUAAGCAAGAAGCCAAGAAUGCAAUCAAGCAACUUAAUAACUACGAAAUUCGGAAUGGGCGUCUCCUAGGGGUCUGUGCCAGUGUGGACAACUGCCGGCUGUUUGUGGGAGGAAUCCCCAAAACCAAGAAGAGAGAAGAAAUUUUAUCAGAGAUGAAAAAGGUCACGGAAGGAGUUGUUGAUGUCAUCGUCUACCCAAGUGCAGCAGAUAAAACCAAAAACCGGGGAUUUGCCUUUGUGGAGUAUGAGAGUCACCGUGCAGCCGCCAUGGCUAGGAGGAGGCUACUGCCAGGAAGAAUUCAGCUGUGGGGACAUCCUAUUGCAGUAGACUGGGCAGAGCCAGAAGUCGAAGUUGAUGAAGACACGAUGUCUUCAGUGAAAAUCCUGUACGUAAGGAACCUUAUGCUGUCUACCUCGGAAGAGAUGAUUGAAAAAGAAUUCAACAGUAUUAAACCAGGUGCUGUGGAACGGGUGAAGAAGAUCCGAGACUAUGCUUUUGUACAUUUCAGUAACCGAGAAGACGCAGUUGAAGCUAUGAAAGCUUUAAAUGGCAAGGUGCUGGAUGGUUCCCCAAUUGAAGUGACCUUGGCCAAGCCAGUGGACAAGGACAGUUAUGUUAGGUACACCCGGGGCACAGGUGGCAGGAACACCAUGCUGCAAGGAGAAUACACCUACCCUCUGGGCCAUGUUUAUGACCCCACCACAACCUACCUUGGAGCUCCUGUCUUCUAUACCCCCCAAGCCUACGCGGCCAUUCCAAGUCUUCACUUCCCAGCUCCCAAAGGGCAUCUCAGCAACAGGACCCUCAUCCGGGCCCCUUCUAUCAGAGAAAUUUACAUGAAUGUCCCUGUAGGGGCUGCGGGAGUGAGAGGACUGGGCGGCCGUGGGUAUUUGGCAUACACAGGCCUGGGUCGUGGCUACCAGGUCAAAGGAGACAAGCGAGAAGACAAACUUUAUGAUCUUCUACCUGGGAUGGAACUCACCCCAAUGAAUCCUGUCUCUUUAAAACCACAAGGAAUUAAACUUGCUCCUCAGAUACUAGAAGAAAUCUGUCAGAAAAAUAACUGGGGACAGCCAGUGUACCAGCUGCAUUCUGCCAUUGGACAGGACCAAAGACAGUUAUUCCUAUACAAAGUAACUAUCCCAGCGUUGGCCAGCCAGAAUCCCGCAAUCCAGCCUUUCACACCUCCGAAGCUAAGCGCCUAUGUGGAUGAAGCGAAGACGUACGCUGCAGAGCACACUCUGCAGACCCUCGGCAUCCCCACAGAAGGAGGCGACACUGGGUCUGCAGCGGGCACAGUCACACCCGCCACUGUGUUCCCAGGAUAUGCUGUCCCCAGUGCCACUGCCCCUGUGUCUGCAGCCCAGCUCAAGCAAGCGGUGACGCUUGGACAAGACUUAGCGGCAUAUACAACCUAUGAGGUCUACCCUACUUUUGCAGUGACUACCCGAGGAGAUGCAUAUGGAGCCUUCUGAAGACCCUUUCCUUCUAAGAAUAAGACUCACAGAAUGCUCAGUAGAAGAUACCAACCUCUAACCAGAUCCCUCGUGAUCAUAAGUCAUUCCUUCCCCAAGGCAAGGCCUUUCCUGAGACUGUGUGACUUACUCAUUGUAUUACUCAUGAAAUGUGAAUAGUAUUCUUCAACAAAAUCAAAUGUUAAGGAGCCUUUAGCUUAAAAGAAAUCUGAAGAGCCACUGACAGCAAAAGUUGUUCUUCCAAGGAUCCUGCGUGUCUUGGGAAAGUGAUAAAACCCUAACAAAUUGGUGUAAGCACUCUUCGUACCAGGAGCUGGGGUCAGGCAGAACUAGGCAGUGAAUAGCAAGGCACAGACAGUAAACCCCCUGUCUCAGUUACUGGCUCACAGCUGCUUCAUCACUCACAAAAUCAAAAGAGACCAUAAAAAAGCAGGAGGCUUCAUAAGAGGUAUUCACCAUCAUCUACAGUGUAGGAUAAUUCCAGACCUGAGCUCGUGAAAACUAUCUGAAAUGUUGAAGGUUCCAUUUUCAUUUUUGGUGUGAAAAGUCUCUCCCCUCAGUCUGUCAGAGAUGAGCAUCUUGCUGUUCCUGCAACCUCUGGGGACUUCCUAGAAAUCAAUAUGAUGUGUUUCAAAUAUGCUUGAGACAAAUCUAAGCCCUGUAUUUAUUCAAUACCUUAAGCCACUGUUUUCCUUCAAAAUUCCUACCCUGCCCAAGGCUGCCUGGAUCACAGAAACCAUGCCAGCACUGAGUACUGGAGUGAAAAAUGACGUUUUCUUGUCUGGAAAUCCUGACUUGUCCAUACUAUUUGCUUUCAUCUCAGACUCAUUUUGCUGAACUCAAACACUGGUAAAGUAAAUCAGUCACAUUAUCAUAUUGUCAUAAUCAGAAAUUGGCCAAAAAGUCCUUUCAAAGACAAAAGUGAAUGUGUUUUGUUUUUCUCACUCUGUAGUCCAGGCUGGCCUCAAACUUGUGGUCCUCCUUUCUCUGGCCCCCCUGUGCUGGGAUUGUUGAUACACAAUGCCACAACUAGCUCCAAACAGUUAUAUUAACUUUAGGUUAGCUUUGAAUUCUCUACCCAGUUCAUAUUAAAUCCACCAAGCUUCAUUGUCCUUCCCUUCUUCUGAUCUUCUUUCAGUGUGUGUAGGAGCCCUUACCAUGACUGAGUCCUUUUAUAGUGAAACUGUUCCAAGAAAGACACCCAUCGUGGUUGCUUAGAGACCAUCCCUUCAGAGUGCAGUAAAAGUGUUGCUUGCCAAAAUGUUCCUGAGGAUUCAGAACAUCUGCUAGUGAUGGGGGGUGGAGGGGAGUUCUAUAGCCAGAGACAGAGGUUAUAAGGAUGUGACACUUUGAUACAGAUAAUGUAUGUUCAAAACAGAAAGUCAAAAUCCAGCACUGAAUACAAUCACUACUCUCGUUUUAUUAUUGAUUUAGGAGACAUAGCACUAGAAUUCCCAUUUUAAAAAAAGAAGAAGAAGUGGCCCUUGUGAAAGUCUGUAGAACUCAAGGGCAAACAAACACAAAGGUACAGAAAAUAUUGUCAACUCCUUCCUGGAAUUCUAGAAUCUAAAAUCAGGCCGGAUUCCAACCAAAUCCAGGGAAAUGUCGAUCGUUUUGGAGACUGAAUUAAAUAAUUCACUUUUAUUUAUGUGCAUUGGUGUUUUGCCGGCCUGUAUGUCUGUGUGAGGGAGUCAGAUCUUGGAGUUACAGGCAGUUCUGAGUUGCCAUGUGGGUGCUGGGAAUUGAACCUUGGUCUUCUCAAGAAGCAGUCAGUGCUCCUAGCCACCGAGCCAUCUCUCCAGUCCAACAGUGCCUCCCUCUUAAUCUCAGGUAUCUCCCUAGGGCAACACCCUCCCCCACUUAGGCUUUGAGGUUGCUCUGUUGGUUUGGUUUUGUAGUCUUUGGACUGUGACUUCCUGUUCUCCUGAGUUCAGGUACAGCUGGGAUUAACUGGCUCAGCCGCUGAUUGGUGCAGGACUACAGUGAAUUGAAGGAAUGUAUCACCUCUCUGCCAAGUCCUCUGAGAGCCACCCUCCCUCUGGGGUCCCUCUCACCAGUUUAUCUGGGCCCCAUUUUCCUCUCACUCUCCCUGGGUUGUGGAACUCAGUCCCGCCUUCCUUUGGCGGAACCAGGACCAUCUAAGGCCAGACUGGACGGGGGAUAAGAUAAAAGAUGGCUCUUGGGAAUGUUUGCUUACCCUCCCAAGAUUCCCAGAGCACCAGAAGACUCUCAGAGCUUUUGCUGGUUACCUUUCCUUCAAUUAAGCUAGUUCCCUCAAACUAGAAAGAAUGUCUCGUGUAAAUGUUUCCAUUUUGCCUUUUCCCUUCUGUUUCCUGAAUGUUCCCGAACACAAUUUCCUUCGCAUUUAACUUCACUCUUCCCGUCUCUCUCCAGCUUCCUCGCCCAAACUCUCCCACCUUCUCCUAUACAAGGCUUUCGUCACUUUUUAAUGGAAAAUAGCGUCUACUGGCUAUGUUCCGUAAUGCUCACCCUCCGUUUUAUCACUUUUAUUAAUGGUGACAAUUUUACAGGCUGUACUGAUUGGCCCAACUGUUCAUUCACGACCGAAUGUGUCUUUGUUACUACGCACCCACCCUUCCUCCAGAAACAAGGAAUGCAAACACGCGUGUUUCUCCUCCUCUCUGCAGUGGGCACAGAAUCCAGGCCAGGCACGCCGUACACUUUCCAAACUGAACAUGACUGGGUCUGCUGGAAUCCCCAAAAUAAACCAAUUCUACCCUGAGUGUUUCCGGCACUCCCACACAUCAACAUGAGCGAUGAUUUUUUUUUUUUUUUAAGUCAAAUGAGUUUUCAAGUAUUUCUCCCCAGAAAAAUACCAAAAACUACGCAAAAGUAGAAGACAAAGGUUUAGUUUCUGGAAAACUUUUAACUCUGGCUGUAAGGAACGUGCACAGUGAUCUAAGGUGCUGAUCAGUCGGCACCAGGCUUAUUUACUUGAAACCAUUUGGGUCCUUAAGCAUUUCUGUUUUCUAAGUAUGCUUGUGUUUAUAAAAUUCAAAACUUUAUUUAACAAGCCGUAUCUCCAUGUUUUGGCAGUAAAUGAUUUGCAGUGCGGUCUUCCUACCUUUUGCCAACACACAAUUUUGAAAUUUGUUUUCCACUGUAAUUCCUAGGACGUAUUUGGGAGCUCAAACUGCAAACAUGUCUAUUUAAAUCGGUCAUCAUUAACUUGGGUUAAAUAUUUAAUCACUGGUAUUUUUAGUUCCAUUCUCAUGCAGAAAUCUCUUUUUUUAACUAAUUUUUGUGGCUGCAAUAUAGUCAGAUAUUAUUAUCUCUUAUCUUUUAAUGAGAAGGAGGCUUUAAGCAAACUGUACUUCCAGUUUCCAGGUGUUGACAAUCUCUUGCUUCUUUUCAUUUUCUUGUUAUUUAUAUGGAUUUAUCUAGAGUACCAAAAGAAAGAUAACUAAAAAAACAGUAUUAAAGAAUGUGCAUAUAGUACUUAUUUUUGUACUUGGAGUACAAUGUUUUAUAGAACUAAAUGAUCUAAGUAAUACAGUAAAAUUGUAUUAUUCUCUUAUUGGGAAAAUGAUCAUUGCUUUGGAAAAUACAAAUAUACUGGUCACCUUAGAAUCAUAAAUCAAAUGAAAUGAGAAAUGAUGCAAUUUGUGGGUUUUUAGGAUGGUGAUAUGAUUUUAAUUGAGUUUUUCAGUUCCAUAAUAAAGUUUUAGAAAUUAUCAA